AUGAAUAGUCAAUAUGUGCGCUUUGAAGUGUUUGGAUGUGAAACUGAGGAACUAACAGACUUCUGGGAAAAGACAAUUGAAAAACAAACUAAGCAUCUGCAAAUUGAAAAAGAACGUCAACAGAGAAGUGCUCUGCCAAAGUUAUUAAUAUGCAAUGUAUGCACUGAAAGUCAAAUCCUGGGGCAGCCUACAUGCCCACAGAAUGUCCCAGAUAAACUUCAAAGCCAAGGCUCAGCUGUGCAUGAAGCCCAUAGCAGUGGAGAUUCUGUGCUGUGGGGCCAUGCAGCAUGCUAUGCAAUUACAAAUGAGAUCUCAGUUGAUAGCCUGAGCUUCCUCCACCAGAAGGAGCUAUGUGGACAGCAUUCCCUUAUAUGUAUCAUUUUGUGUUUUAGGUGUCUUUUAAGCCUGGCACUAUCUUUACAAGUAAUCCAAUUUGGAAAUGCCUGUAAGGGGGAGAACUGUGAUGAUAACCCAGACCAGAAAAAUCCAAAUACUUCAUUAACCACCUUUAAUGAUAUAAAUAAUCUCAAUUCUGAGAGGAGAAGGAGGAACCCCUCUGAAGUCUUACCUUUCACUGGGCUUACAGAUGCCAGCAAACUGAACAGAAGCUGCUGUCAGAAUGGAGGGACCUGUUUCCUGGGGAGUUUUUGCAUAUGUCCAAAACACUUUACUGGCAGACACUGUGAACGUGAUAAACGGAUCAGUAGCUGCGGUGCCAUUGGCCAGGGAGAAUGGACCCAGGAAGGAUAUUUGUUCUGCCAAUGUGUUUAUGGGAUUCUGCACUGUUUCCCUCAAAACCAGGAAGAUGGUUGUGGUCCUACAAAGAAAAACAUACCUGCUUGGAUUCAUCUUGGAAUGAGUUCUGAAGGACCAAAACUUCAACAGACAACAGACAUCCUUAUAGUUUCAUUACUGUUUCCUCUGCUUUGUCAGCUCCUCUAA